AGGCAAUCAAGAUGAUCUGUAAUGUGAAAAUAUUGUGUUCUAUGUGCUCUGGGAUAUAUAUUCUAUGUUAAAUAUUUUGACUUAUUUUGGAAUGGAAUUUGAACGGUAUGCUAAAGUACUUUACCUGACAGUAGUGCUAAUUACAUGUGACGUAAUCGGAAAACGCAGGGGUCAGAAUCCUCCAAACCCUGAUGCCCCACGGUUGCUGGCCUUUUCCGUGGACCCACCGGUCAACCACACUCCUAAACUAGUCGUCGUCCCCGUGGAUACUAAAACUGACUUACGGCUAGGAUGUAGGAAGAAAAAUAUAAAUGAACCCAUUCAGGUAUUCUGGGAAAAAAUUGGCCCAAGGGGAGUAGAACAGAUCACCAGCAUGAUCACCCCUUAUCCCGAGGAUAGUGAAAAAUAUGAAGUUUCCACGGGCUCCUCAAUUAGUGAUGACGUCACUGACCUGUUUUACCUCACAGUUAAUAACAUUGAUUAUCAUGAUAUGGGGAAGUAUGUUUGUCAGACUUACUACAAGUACAGAAGAAUAGGUGGGGAAGUCGUGGUUUAUGUUAGAGGUCCCCCAAAAGUAGGUCUUUUUGAGUCCAUGAUCUCUGGAAUGCUGAAUUGGGACCUUAAAUUAGUGUGCCCUUUCCACUCCAAGGACGACAUUGAUGUCAGCAAUACUCUUUGGUAUAAAGGAGACCAACCACUCCAUAAUGGCACAAACGACAGAUAUAAAACCUAUUUGAAGCGAUAUGACGAGAUAGGUGGAGAAUUUUGUCUUUACAUCUCAAAGCUUCAGGAUGAUGACGUAGGCAAUUACACCUGUGUCGUCACCAAUGCGCAUGGUUCAGAUACAGGAAACAUAGAAGUAAAAGCUGGAAGAAACAAAACUAUGGCUGAGAUAACCACGGACAAGAAGAUCUCCUUUAUCUACCCCUCCCAAUCUCAAAUCAACGUGGAGGGUAUCCAACCCCUCAAACUAUGCUGCAAGGCCGAGGGAUUUGAUAAACUACCCAUGAUGAUGUGGCUGAUCCGUAGUAUCACGGGCAAUGAAGUUCACCUGAGAGCAGAGGACGAGUACAUGGUUGGAGAUGUCCGUCUAAGAUCCUACUAUAUAUUUAACGCGACAGGGAUCUUCUUUAACCUUAUGGCAGACAGCCUCACCAUCAAUUUUACAGGAACAUACAUGUGUGGCAUCGACCUGAAUGAUAAAAUUUACCAUGAUCAUAUUAAUAUCACUGUACAAGGUCGUCCUUCUGUGACCGCGGAGACCACAAUGAUGAAUGGCACUGUGGAAGAAAACAAAAACUUGACCUGUCACGUGUGGAGCAGCCCGAUCCCAACAUUACUCACGUGGUACUUUGAUGACGCGAUACUGCCGUCAUCUUCAAGACUACACAAGUUUGUGGUUUAUCACAAUGAAUAUCAACUGGACAUGGUAUUAAACAUUAAAUCUGUAGAAGUGUCUGACUUUGGGGUAUACACCUGCAAAGUGUAUAAUUCUUAUGGUCAAGGAAUCGCUGUACAAAUGAUUCAAGAUAUUGAUGAGUGUAGUUAUGAUCCUCAAAUAUGUGGAUCAGCUAACUGUAUCAACACUAUGGGAGGCUACAGCUGUGAUUGUGGGUCCGGCUACUUGUUCCAGAACGGCACCUGCAUUGAUAUUGAUGAGUGUAACUUGCCAAACAAGAAACCAUGUGCCGACAUAUGCCUGAACACCGCCGGUGCCUACACUUGUACCUGUAGAGACGGUUACGUCAUAGACACAUCAAACAGCUACGCAUGCCUGGCUGUAUCCGGGUUAUCAGGAUCAGGCAAUGAUGAUGAGACAGAAGACUCGGACCUGUACAUUAUAAUCGGGGCUGCCUCGGCUGUCCUGCUCGUUCUCAUAUUGUCCAUAUUGACACUAGCGUGGUUCAGGAGGAGAAAGUUUGAAUCUUCUGACAAUGCUUCUACGAAACAAAUAUUCCAGGACAAUGUGGCCUACCAAUCGAGUGGAGAAAGCACAGUGAAGCUGAACUCUUACUUUGAGGAUCUGAAGAAAUGCGUCCUUCCUAGUGACGAGUUUCCCAGGCAACGUCUGCAGCUUGGCAUUGAUUUAGGUCAAGGUCGUUUUGGGAAGGUCAUGAUGGCUCGUGCUUUAAAUAUCAAUGGAAAUUCAGACUGGGAAAUGGUUGCAGUAAAAACUAUACGCGAUUGUGCAAUUGAUGCAGAAAAGGAAGAUUUGUAUCAGGAAUUAGAAAUUAUGAGAAAGAUUCCACAUCAUCCUAACGUUGUUGAUUACCUUGGCUGCUGUACCCAGCAAGAUCCCAUGUAUAUCAUUAUGGAGUAUGUUCCUGGAGGUAACAUGCAGCAGUACCUGAGAAAGUUCCGUCCCUCCCAGCAGGCCACUAACAGUGAGGAACUCGUACCCCCCACAGCCAAAGAUCUCAACAGCUAUGCCCUCCAAAUCUCCAAGGGGAUGGAGCACCUGUCUUCACUAAAUAUAAUACACCGUGACCUCGCUGCCCGUAAUAUUCUAAUAGACCGUAAAGGGGUGUGCAAGAUAUGUGACUUUGGUUUGGCCAGGAAUGUGGAGGGAGAGGAGGUUUAUGAGAGAUCAUCCAAGGGUCCUCAGCCUAUCCGCUGGAUGGCGCCAGAGUCACUGUCUGAUCAGUGCUUUACCAGAAAAAGUGAUGUUUGGUCAUACGGGGUUCUUCUUUGGGAGAUAGUCACACUCGGUGCCACUCCUUAUCCUGGUAUGGCGGCAAGAGAAGUCAUCUCCACGGUGAUGAUGGGAAAAUGGCUCUCUCGUCCUCUACAUUGUAAACCAGAAUUGUACGCACUGAUGGUGCGAUGCUGGGACAUGAUGCCACAGAAUCGUCCGUCCUUCAGUGAAAUCAGCAAGAGUGUGGAAACGCUUCUAGAAAAAGAAGCAGACUAUAUUGAAUUCAAAGCCUACGAGGAAGCCAUAUUCAGUGUCCUUGACCCUAACCUUGUUGAUGAACGUGUGUAGGUCGUGUGUAGCAAAGAUUGGAAUAUAUACACAAAUAUUUCCCUCCUAUUAAGUGAUAGAUAAAGUAAUUUGAACAUUUGUAUGGAUAUAUACACAGAUACAUGAAGGAUAAGGCAUUGUGAAAUGUGCGUGGAAGAAUGGUACUAAAAUAUUACCUCUGAAAAAAGUAUCCAAAUGUGCACGCACAGCAACAUUCGGAAUGAGUAAAAUAGACCAAAAAGUGAUGUCCAUGGCACAGAUUCAUGGAAAUAGGACUUCUGGAUCGAGCGUGCGUUUGUUCUGAAGAUAUUCUCUGUGUGUUGUUCUUUGAGUUGGAGGGAUGGAACACAGUGUAUGACUGAUCCGUUAAUCAGGAAAUUUUCACUGUGUCCAUAUUAUGAUAACCUCAAAGGACCACCUCUACUAUGAAGUAUACAAACCAUACCUAACAGGGUCAAAGCAGCGAAUGUGAUCUGGUGUUUUUGUGCAUGUUUUGUCAUGACAAUUUAUGUUGUUCAUGUUAGUCAAAGUACUAGUAUACUUGGCAAUGUUUGAUUUAUUAGGGUGAAACGUGACUCGUGUUGUAAGAAUGUUUUUGUUUAUGUUAUACCAAUGAGAGUGUGACUACAUUGAAAGUGUUGCUGUGAUAUUUCGGCAACAAAAAUAGUACUGUGAUAACUAUAAGCUUUUAUGCAUAAUCUUUCAUCGCAUUACCGACAUAAGUACGAAGAUAGAAAGAAAACAGGAGAGAUAGUUCUGGAAAAGUUGUGUAUCAUUAAACAAACGUAUUUAUCAUGUUCAUCUCAGAUGGAUUCCAUCUUUAAAUAAAAGUUUUAAACUUGA